GACUACACUGUGGGGGUCCUGGCUUCCUCCCACAUCCUGAUCACGUUCAACAACGCCGAGGACUACCAAAGAUGCUUCAUGAAACGGCUUUGGCAGAUUCAAGGCUGCCCGAUGCAGCAACCUCGGCGAGAAGCAGACCUUCGGUAGCCAGAUUCUGCAUCGAACUAGACGUCUCUGCAGAGCUCCCCACAAAGUUCUUCCUUGAUAAUGGAGGGAAAGGUCUCUGGCAAGCUGUACACUACGAGCAACUCCCUUCUUUCUGCAAGGAUUGUAUGAAAUCCGGUCACUCCACCGGAAAUUGCACCAAAACCAAGGGAGAUACCUCUAAAGAUCCUUUCACGCAGAAGCAACCAAAACUCCAGCCAAUUCCCACUGCCAAACUCCCAUCUGAUGAAGCUUGCAGGUCAAGGUGGCGCAAGCAACACAUCCACACCAUCAAAAACAAUCAAGGUGCCCUUGUCACCAGCGACGAGGAUAUUUCUCAAGCCAGAGUGGAAUUCUUCACGGACCUCUACAAAGCUGACUCUACUGAGAACUUGGAGUAUAUCCUUCAAAACAUCCCCAGCAUCAUCCAAGACAACCAAAAUGACAAGCUCUGCUCCCUUCCAACAUCUGAAGAAAUCAAAAACGCUGUUUGGCACUUGGAUCCAAACAGCUGCGCAGGUCCUAAUGGAUACAAUGGAACUUUCUACCGUGAAACCUGGGACAUCAUCCACGAGGAUGUAAUAAGUGCAGUACAAGAAUUCUUCCUAAAUAUCAUGUUAGUCGGUUUAGACGUUGUGCCCACGCCUUAGAGGGGGGGGGGGGUGAAUAAGGCGUUUAAAAUCUU